AUGAACCAUUGUGAUCGUAUCCUGCCAUCUUGUGGGCGGUGUGCCGCCAGCGGGCGCGAGUGUGUCAAGGGAUACAAGUUCAAGGCCCUGCGGCAUGCGCCCUUUGGCCGCGCACAGAAGUGGCCCCGGCCCGGUGGUCGACUGAGGUUCGUCGUCGAGAGGGGUGAUGGGGUCGAAGAUUGGGACAAUACGGAUCACGACAUGGAAGACCAGGGGGGCAAGGACACCACGAUGAUCAGCGCCCAUCAGAACGGCAGCUCCGAUGCCCACGAGGUGUGGCAUCGCCCCUCCACGACAUACCCGGUAGCUUCGUCACAUUUGGCGCUCGCAUCACAGACGGCAUAUCAAGCAUCAUCGGACCAGACACCGCUCGACCUCUGCGACCCAGACGCCCACUUCAACACGUCUAUUCCUGCCCGCGCCGGGACCUGCCCCAUCCUGCUGAACGCCAUCUUUGCUCUCUCCGCCCGUCAUCUGGCGCACACGCUCCGAUACGACGCUCUAGCUUCGAACCGUUACCACGAACAGUGUCUCACUUACCUCAUCCCAUUACUCGAUCACGCCGUCACUGUAUCAGAUGAGAAUCUCUUUGCCGCCACCAUCAUCUUACGCGUCCUCGAGGAGAUGGACGUGCCUGUUCUCGGACAGGAUACCCACGGCCAUCUCCUUGGUAUCCACGCCUUUGUCGCCCCCCAUUCCGCCCCGCCCACGCCGACAACGCCCGAUCCUGGCCCGAGGAGCCCCCUCUCCCCACAUUCGCUCUCGGCUGCAUGCUUUUGGGUCGGGCUCCGCCAGGAAAUCUACAGCGCUGUUAUGAAUCACCAGCCGGUGCGCAUGAACCUUGCCCACCCUGCCGUCGUCGACCGGUCGACUACACCGGCCGAUGACUAUGCCUGGGCAAAUCGAGCCAUCGUGCACUGCGCGGACGUGCUCAAUUUUUGCUUCGGUCCGGACCACGCUGACCGGCCGAGGUGGCAUGCUCUCCGCGAAGCGAACAAGAACUGGAAAGCCGCGCUGCCGGCGUCGUAUAUGCCUGUGUUUUACCGCGAGAGAGACCUCAACGCUGCCGAGACGGGAGAUGCCGAGGCUGAUGCCAUGAAGGCCUUUCCGGAAGUGUGGUACUGGAAAGGCUGUCACACAGAGCUCUACCUAGCACUCUUCGAUCCCGCCCAUCCCCGCACUGGCCUCCAGCGUCGCGCGGCCGACGCCGCUCUCGCGUCCCAGGCGCGCACCCUUGUACGCAGCUUGUGUGGGAUCGGCACCUGCAACCGAUGGUGUCCGCCCGCCAUGUUCACGGCCUGCAUGGGCGUGGCUGCGGCGGGCGACCGAUUCGAGGACAGAAGGGACCAGGAGGCGUUGCUGGCGCUUCUGAGAGCUACCGAGAGGGAGCAUGCCCGGCCGACGCGCGCCGUGUGCGAUUUGCUCAAGGGAUGCUGGGGAUGGGAUGAAAACAAGAGAUGA